GCCCGCGGCGCGGGGGAAAGUUGAGUUGGGAGAAGUUGGGAGCGGCGGGGGCGCGCCCCGAGGUGGGCACUGGGGAGUCGUCGGGAGCGCACAAAGGCGCCGCAGAAGGGGGAGAAACCCCAAGACCCCCGGGACACGAAGUCUAGAGCAAGCGGGUUAUGCCGCCGCCUUGUUGUCCUGAAAGCCGCAGCGACAGUGAAAAGGGCUAAGAUUUGGCCAUGACCAGCGCCCCCCGACGCCCGGCCUCGGGCGCAGAUUCCUUCCGAACUCCAGAGCCAGAGCGCUUGGGCCCCGCGGCCCCUGGCUUCCCCGAGCAGGAGGAAGACGAACUUCACCGGACCCUGGGUGUGGAGCGGUUCGAGGAGAUCCUUCAGGAGGCAGGGUCUCGAGGAGGGGAGGAGCCCAGCCGAAGCUAUGGGGAGGAAGACUUUGAAUACCACCGCCAGUCCUCCCACCAUAUCCAUCACCCGCUGUCCACCCACCUGCCUCCAGACACCCGCCGCCGCAAGACUCCCCAGGGCCCCGGACGGAAGCCUCGGAGGCGCCCUGGGGCCACCCCCACUGGGGAGACCCCCACCAUUGAGGAGGGGGAGGAAGAUGAGGAUGAGACCGGUGAGGCUGAGGGUGCCCGGGCCACCCAGCCGUCUCCUGCCUCCACUCCCUCUUCUGUGCAGUUCUUUCUUCAGGAGGAUGAAGUUACUGACAGGAAGGCAGAAAGGACCAGUCCCUCCCCCCCUCCGCCGCUGCCCCACCAGGAGGCAGCUCCCCAGGCCACCAAAGGGGCCCAGGCUGGAGCCGCCGUGGAGCAGGCAGUGGCCGUGGCCUGUGGCGCAGCGGGAGGUGACGAUGGUGGCGCCUCGGGGCGCCCCCUGAGCAAAGCGCAGCCCGGGCACCGCAGCUACAACCUGCAGGAGCGGAGGCGCAUCGGGAGCAUGACGGGGGUGGAGCAGGCCCUGUUGCCCCGCGUCCCCACGGACGAGAGCGAGGCCCAGACGCUGGCCACCGCGGACCUGGACCUCAUGAAGAGUCACCGGUUUGAGGAUGUCCCUGGGGUGCGGCGGCACCUGGUGCGGAAGAAUGCCAAAUCUGGGCAGAGUGGCCGGGAGGGACGAGAGCCUGGCCCCACGCCUCGGGCUCGGCCCCGGGUCCCCCACAAGCCCCACGAGGUGUUUGUGGAGCUGAAUGAGCUCCUGCUGGACAAAAACCAGGAGCCUCAGUGGCGAGAGACAGCGCGCUGGAUCAAAUUUGAAGAGGACGUGGAGGAGGAGACCGAGCGUUGGGGGAAGCCCCACGUGGCCUCCCUGUCUUUCCGCAGCCUCCUGGAGCUCCGCCGGACCCUGGCCCACGGGGCGGUGCUCUUGGACCUGGACCAGCAGACACUGCCCGGCGUGGCCCACCAGGUGGUGGAGCAGAUGGUCAUCUCCGACCAGAUCAAGGCCGAGGACAGAGCCAAUGUGCUGCGGGCCCUACUGCUGAAACACAGCCACCCGAGUGAUGAGAAGGAAUUCUCCUUCCCCCGGAAUAUCUCCGCCGGCUCCCUGGGCUCCCUGCUGGGGCAUCACCACGGCCAGGGGGCGGAGAGCGACCCCCACGUCACCGAGCCUCUCAUCGGCGGAGUUCCGGAGACCAGGCUGGAUGUGGAGCGAGAGCGCGAGCUGCCGCCCCCAGCCCCGCCGGCAGGCAUCACUCGCUCCAAGUCCAAGCACGAGCUGAAGCUGCUGGAGAAGAUCCCGGAGAACGCAGAGGCUACCGUGGUCCUUGUGGGCUGCGUGGAGUUCCUCUCCCGGCCCACCAUGGCUUUCGUGCGGCUGCGGGAGGCGGUGGAGCUGGACGCGGUGCUGGAGGUGCCCGUGCCCGUGCGCUUCCUCUUCCUGCUGCUGGGCCCGAGCAGCGCCAACAUGGACUACCACGAGAUCGGCCGCUCGAUCUCCACCCUCAUGUCCGACAAGCAAUUCCACGAGGCAGCCUACCUGGCGGACGAGAGGGAGGACCUGCUGACCGCCAUCAACGCCUUCCUGGACUGCAGCGUGGUGCUGCCACCCUCCGAGGUGCAGGGCGAGGAGCUGCUGCGGUCCGUCGCGCACUUCCAGCGCCAGAUGCUCAAGAAGCGGGAGGAGCAGGGCCGGCUGCUGCCCCCAGGGGCAGGGCUAGAGCCCAAGUCGGCCCAAGACAAGGCGCUCCUGCAGAUGGUAGAGGCAACGGGGGCAGUGGAAGACGAUCCCCUCCGGCGGACCGGCCGGCCCUUCGGGGGGCUGAUCCGCGACGUGCGGCGCCGCUACCCCCACUACCUGAGUGACUUCCGGGAUGCGCUCAACCCCCAGUGCCUGGCCGCGGUCAUCUUCAUCUACUUCGCAGCCCUGUCGCCGGCCAUCACUUUCGGGGGGCUGCUGGGAGAGAAGACGGAGAACCUCAUCGGGGUGUCGGAGCUGAUCGUGUCCACGGCGCUCCAGGGCAUGCUCUUUUGCCUGCUGGGCGCCCAGCCGCUGCUGGUGAUCGGCUUCUCGGGGCCCCUGCUGGUGUUCGAGGAGGCCUUCUUCUCGUUCUGCCAGCACAACGGGCUGGAGUACCUGGUGGGCCGGGUGUGGAUCGGCUUCUGGCUGGUGCUUCUGGCCCUGCUCAUGGUGGCCCUGGAGGGGAGCUUCCUGGUGCGUUUCGUUUCCCGUUUCACCCAGGAGAUCUUUGCCUUCCUCAUCUCUCUCAUCUUCAUCUACGAGACCUUCUACAAGUUGGUUAAGAUUUUCCAGGAACAUCCCCUCCAUGGCUGUUCUGUCGCCAACAACUCUGAGCCAGCCCGUGAUGAGGCAGAUGGUGGCGAGAAUACCACGUGGGCUGGGGCGAGGGCCACGCCAGGGCCGGGGAACAUGAGUGUGGCCGAGCCCCCUGUGCAGGGAAGGCCCCGGGGCCAGCCCAAUACGGCCCUGCUCUCCCUGGUGCUCAUGGCCGGCACCUUCUUCAUUGCCUUCUUCCUGCGCAAAUUCAAGAACAGCCGAUUCUUCCCUGGCCGGGUUCGGCGGGUGAUUGGGGACUUCGGGGUGCCUAUCGCGAUCCUCGUCAUGGUGCUUGUGGAUUACAGUAUCGAGGACACCUAUACCCAGAAGCUGAAUGUGCCCAGUGGAUUCUCCGUGACGGCCCCUGACAAGCGGGGCUGGGUCAUCAACCCUCUGGGCGAGAAAAGCGCCUUCCCCGUGUGGAUGAUGGUGGCCAGUCUGCUGCCUGCCCUCCUGGUCUUCAUCCUCAUCUUCAUGGAGACGCAAAUCACCACGCUGAUCAUCUCCAAGAAGGAGCGCAUGCUGCAGAAGGGCUCCGGCUUCCACCUGGACCUGCUGCUCAUUGUGGGCAUGGGCGGCAUCUGUGCCCUCUUCGGCCUGCCCUGGCUGGCUGCUGCCACUGUCCGCUCUGUCACACAUGCCAAUGCGCUCACCGUCAUGAGCAAGGCUGUGGCACCCGGGGACAAGCCCAAGAUCCAGGAGGUCAAGGAGCAGCGGGUGACAGGGCUGCUGGUUGCCCUGCUUGUGGGCCUCUCCAUCGUGAUCGGGGACCUGCUCCGGCAGAUACCCCUGGCCGUGCUCUUUGGGAUUUUCCUGUACAUGGGAGUCACCUCCCUGAACGGGAUCCAGUUCUACGAGCGGCUGCACCUGCUGCUCAUGCCUCCCAAGCACCACCCGGACGUCACCUAUGUCAAGAAGGUCCGGACCCUGCGGAUGCACCUAUUCACAGCCCUGCAGCUGCUCUGCCUGGCCCUGCUGUGGGCUGUCAUGUCCACAGCCGCCUCCCUGGCCUUCCCCUUCAUCCUCAUCCUCACAGUGCCGCUGCGCAUGGUGGUGCUCACCCGCAUCUUCACCGAGCGAGAGAUGAAAUGCCUGGAUGCCAACGAGGCGGAGCCUGUGUUCGACGAGAGGGAGGGCGUGGAUGAGUACAAUGAGAUGCCCAUGCCUGUGUAGCUGCUGCUGGCCGGACAGAGGGGACGGGCUGGGGGUGCCCUCCCAUCCCCUUCCCUCCUCAUUUUUAUUUAAGUGAAUAAUUUAAUGGCCCCUUCCCUCUACCCCCGCAGUAAAGCGCUUCUGCUCCCACCU